CUGGUCAGUUUCGUUUUCUCUGUAUUCGUGAAUCAUUCAUCCUGCUCCUUCUGCAGACACACACCAGGUCCUGAAGGCCGUGUAGAGUCAUGAACUCCAACCUGACAAGUGUCCAGCAGAGGGCGCUGUGCAGUGAGCUGGAAGGAAGAGUGAAGCUGAAGCUGCUCUUUAAAGCUUCCAUCCACGGCUUCACUGGAGCAGCGUUCCAUCAGCGCUGUGACGCCCGAGGACCCUCCAUCUCUGUGGGAUACAACAGCUCCGGACACGUGUUCGGAGGGUACACCAGCGCCCCCUUCAGUCAGACUGGUCAAUAUGUCAACGACCAGAAGGCGUUUCUCUUUACCUUUAAAGGAGAUGCUCUGCUCAAAUAUCCCACCACCUACAGUAACUAUGCUGUCAAAAUGGCCGGUAACUCAGGGCCAUAUUUUGGAGAAAGUUUGAUUCUGAUGAAUGGAGGCGCUGCUGUUCACAGUAAUCCAGGACAAUACUACACGGCCUUCACUCCUGCAGAAAUGCACGGCAACGACCUUCAGCUGAUCGAGUGUGAGGUGUACCAGGUGGAAGAGAGCGAGGAGCUGGAGAAGCCCUGGAGGCCAGUGGUUUGGCUCUCAGAGAGGAGGCAGAAGCUCAUGGACAGUGUCUCCACGUACAAGCCCCUCUGCAGCUCCGUGUCCCGGGUGAGAGUGCUGCUCGUGGGGCCCGUGGGCGCCGGAAAGUCCAGCUUCUUCAACUCCAUUAACUCUGUGUUCAGAGGUCAUGUGACCAGCCAGGCCAUGGCAGGAUGCAGCGCCACCAGCCUCACCACACAGUUCCGCACAUACUCCGUAAAAGCCGGACGCGAUGGAAAGCCGCUGCCAAUCGUCCUGUGUGACACCAUGGGAUUGGAGGAGAGCACGGGGGCGGGGCUUGAUAUCGAUGACAUCAGCAGCAUCCUCAAAGGCCACAUGCCAAACUGUUACCAGUUCAAUGCGUCUGCUCCUCUUCACUCCGAGUCCCAUGGCUAUCGUGCGUCUCCUGAGCUCAAAGACAAGAUCCACUGUGUGGUCUUUGUCCUGGACGCCUGUAAGAUCUCCAUCAUGCCCGAGAAGCUGGAGGCUAAACUCACCGCCGUGCGCCGCAAAGCCAACCUGCUGGGGAUCCCUCAGCUGGCCCUAGUCACCAAAGUGGACGAGGCCUGUCCUAUAGUGAAGGACGACCUGACCAGCGUCUACAAGAGCCCAUACAUCAAGGAUCUGAUGCAGGACGCCAGUGCUCGCCUGGGCCUCCCUUUGUCCUGUGUCCUUCCUCUUAAGAACUACAGUGAGGAGCUGGAGCUGCAUGUGCCAGUGGACAUCCUGGUACUUUCAGCUCUGCUGCAGAUUCUACGAUUCGCCGAUAACUACUUCGACGACGUGACCGACCGCGCCAACAACUGUGACACCAAGUAACCGCCUUAUACCAGAAAGUGCACUCCAAAACUGUUAUGGUUAGCUUGUGUUGCUAUAAACAUCCCUUUUUGUAGUAGUAGUAGUAGUAGUAAUAGUAGUAGUAGUUGUUGUUAUUGGGUCAUUUGCAGUGCAACAAUGCUUGACAAUACUCCAUAAAUAUAUAAAACUGUAAGUGACUGACAGCGCUCUGAAGUGGUAGGGACUUAGCACAGAGAGCAAAAGGAGACUGGAGUAGGGUUAGCGUGCCACUAGCCCCGCCGUUAUGACAUCACUGUUCAGUAUCAAACGUCGUGAGACACAAACGGUUUGAGCUUGAGUUUAUUGAGUUGGAUCUGUUCAUUCAAUGGUCUGAUCACAUAAACAUGACACCAAACGACUGUUAAAUCUCGUUAAAAUAAAAUAAAGACAUACAAAUUG